AUGCUAAAUCUGAGGCGCUUAAGUAAUGUUCAUUCUCUCUCUUUGCCUCCUUGCUCCACCAAUCCCGUCGCCACCAAUCAGGUGAAUAGGAUGCUGGCAUCGCUCGAAAGGAACGCUGACGUGGCGUCGCUGACGCAGCAGCAGACGACUUGCUCAUGCUACCGCAUCCGCAAUGAUUACUGCUGUUUCCAGUACAUGUGCAAAUGCUCUCCCGUGUGCUGGAACGGCUACGAGCUCAUAUCUCUGGCCCAAGUGCGCAGCGCACCAGCCACAGAGCAUGCACCGCACCACCUCAGCUCAGCCCAACGAGGCCCCCGUGCUCCCAUCUCCCCAUCCCUCUCCCCUGUUCCCCCUGCUCCCCCUGCUUCCCCCUGCUCCCCUCUGCUUCUUCAUGAGCUCAUUUCUCAUGGACAACCCGAAUCCCAAGUGCGCGCCAGCAACGGAGCACGCACCUCCCCUUCCCGGCCAGCCACCCGUGCUCACCCCUGUGGACUGCGCGCAGCAGCAGGACUAAUAUCUCUUGGACAACCCAAAUGCGCACCAGCAACGGAGCAUGCACCCCCCCUUCCUGGCCAGCCUCCCACUCUCACACCUGUGGACUGCGCGCACCCGCAGGAGUUCAACACCGCUCUUUACAGCUUCUUCACAGAAACGUCCGGGGGGAGCCUGGGCGUGUGGAGUGCAGGGGGAGGGGGGGACGGAGAGAGCGGUGGGAAAGGGUGGUUGGAGAGCCGGAGCGGUGUGGACUGGCGUUUUGGGCAGACGAUGCUGCAGACGUUUAACAAGACUGAGACCAACAUUGCUCACUAUGCUGGUGGGUGGGUGGGCGGGUAUGACCAUUGGUGGGAUGGGGGGCUAUGGAGGUGGGAGGGCAAGCAGGGGGGCAGGCGGGUGGGCGGGCAGGUGGGAGGGUGGGUGGGCGGGUAUGUGGGUGGGUGGGCGGGUGGGCAUCAUUGGUGGAGUGGAGUGGGAGAGGUGGCUUUUGGAUUCCUUGGAUGGGAAGUGUAG